AUGUCUUUUGAUUUCCUAGCAAGCCAGAAGCGGUUGGAGCAGAGGGGUAAAGCCUUUGAUGAGAAGACUCGGCGAAGAGCCGAGGUGGAACGCCAGCAGAAGGAGCGAGCUGCUGCCCGGGCUGCUGCCCUGGAGCAGGCCCAGCGCGAGCGCCGCCUGGAGCAGGCUGCAGCGGAGCAGGCGGAGCGGGACCACCUGGCGGCGGAGCUGGAGCGGAACCGCGGCGUCACCUGGCGAGCGCGGCUCGCCGCCGUCCCCCUCCCCGACGCCGUGGCGGCGGGGAAGGGCCUCCGGCGCGCGGCGGACAAGAUCCUGCUCCCCGCCUCGGCGGGACGCCUGCUCAUGGACCAAGGCGCGCCGCGCAACGGCGCCAUGCACUUUGAACUGGUGACGUCCCCGCCGGCCUCCGUGGAGGUGCGGUAUCGCCUCCUGCCGCGCGGCGAGCGCGUGGUGCUGCAGCCGCGGGCGGCGGCCUUCCAGGCCGAGGUGGGGCCAGGCAUGCGCGAGGCGCUGGAGGCGGCGCUGGGCGCGCGGGCCACGCUGACCGAGGGCGACUGGGUGCGGGUGGGGCAGCACCUGCUGCGUGUACGGGAGCUGCACCCCGACCGCCAGGUCAGCGUGCUGGACGCCGAGCUGGAGGCGGACAUCGCCGCCAGCCUGGAGACCGAGGAGCGGAUCGGGCGGGAGGAGAGCGAGGCGCGGCGGCGCCUGGAGACCCUGGCUGCCGAGGCCUUGGAGGCGGCGCGGGAAGCCGAGACCGCUGCCGCGGCGGAGGCUGCUGCAGCAGAGGCUGAGCUGCGGCGGCGGCAGGCCAGGACGCAAGCCGCCGCCGGGCUCCUCGCCCGACUCCCGGCCGAACCCGGGCGAGGCGCGGCGGGGUGCGCCACCUGCCUGCUGCGCCUCGGCGACGGAUCACGGCAUACGCGCCGGUUUUUCUUGGACGGCUCACUGCAGCCGCUGCUGGAGUGGGCGGAGGCCAGCGGGGCGGCCGCGCUGCCCGAGCGGUAUAACUUGGUGCUGCAGUACCCACGGCGCACCCUUUUGCCGCCCCAGGGCGGCCAGUGGCCCAGCCUGGCCGAGGCGGGGCUGGUGGAGGGGCAGAACGUGAUUUUCGUAGAGGCAUUGACAGUCGGUGAUGACGAGGCGUGA